CGCCUCUCGUCUGUGGAGCUGAGGGGAAAGGAAAGGGCGGGAAAAAGGGGGAAGGCAAAGCGAGCAAGCGAGGGCGGGACAACCCUCCCACCCCCCAUUACAAAACAGUGAGGCGAGAAGCGGCGGCGCGUCUCCCGGUAACAAGCCUUGGCCACGCCCCCUCCCCUCCCCUCCACCGGGAAGGGCGGCAGCAGCUCAUCCUCCCAAGAUUGAUGCAUGUUCCCUCCAUUAUUUUAAUCUGGCUGAGAAUUUGGAUAAGCAUGGCACAGCUUCAACAGGGAGGUCCUGAUGAAAAAGAGAAGACUACAGCAUUAAAGGAUUUGUUGUCUAGAAUAGACUUGGAUGAACUGAUGAAAAAAGAUGAGCCACCUCUUGAGUUUCCUGAUACACUUGAAGGAUUUGAAUAUGCUUUUAAUGAAAAGGGACAGUUAAGACAUAUAAAAACGGGAGAGCCAUUUGUUUUUAACUACCGUGAAGAUUUGCACAGAUGGAACCAAAAGCGCUAUGAAGCUCUUGGAGAGAUCAUCACCAAAUAUGUAUAUGAACUACUGGAAGAAGAAUGCCAUUUGAAAAAAGUAUACAUACCGGUAGAUGCCAUGGAAGGUGAACCUCGGAGUUUUAUCUUUAUGAGUGAGGAUGCAAUGACAAAUCCAGACAAACUGAUGGUUUUAAUUCACGGUAGCGGUGUUGUUCGAGCAGGACAGUGGGCAAGAAGGCUUAUUAUAAAUGAAGAUCUGGACAGUGGCACUCAGAUUCCAUACAUUAAAAGAGCUAUUGAGGAAGGCUAUGGAGUAAUAGUACUGAAUCCAAAUGAGAACUAUAUUGAGAUUGAAAAGACAAAAGCCCAAGUACAGCUGUCUCCUGAUAGCUCAGAUGAACCUGCAGAAAAGAGAGAGAGAAAAGAUAAAAUCCAAAAAGAUACAAAGAAGCGACGGGACUUCUAUGAGAAAUAUCGGAAUCCACAAAAAGAAAAGGAAACAGUGCAAUUGUAUAUUAGAGUCUCCGCGGAGCGCAACCCGAAAAGGCUUAACCUGAAGCGACUUCAACCCGAGGAAAAUGGCUCUCCUGAAGAACAUGCAAUUUACAUAUGGGACCACUUUAUCUCCCAAUCAGCAGCUGAAAAUGUUUUUUUUGUGGCUCACAGUUAUGGUGGACUUGCAUUUGUGGAAUUGAUGAUUCAACGAGAGGCAGAAGUAAAGAAUAAAGUUACUGCUGUGGCAUUGACGGACUCAGUUCACAACGUGUGGCACCAAGAAGCUGGCAAAACUAUUCGAGAGUGGAUGCGAGAGAACUGCUGUAAUUGGGUGUCAAGUUCAGAUCCUCUAGAUACAUCAGUAGAGUCCAUGUUACCUGACUGUCCACGUGUCUCUGCAGGCACGGAGCGGCACGAGCUGACCUCGUGGAAGAGCUACGCGUCGAUCUUCCGCUUCUUCGGCGACGCCAUGGAGGCGAAGAGCAGCUCGGGCAAAGCGGCUCCGACGCGCCGCUCGCAGCGGAUCCGCUACGAGGAGCUGUAACCGGGCGGGUGGGCGGGCGGGAGCCGGCGCCUGCUUGCCUGCCUGCCUUCCCGCCUGGGCGGCGGCGCUCGGCAGUCCCAGCCCCUCAUUAGAUUGUUUUCUUCCUAGAGCACAGGGUCGCCGUGUCUACAUCUAAGUAGCGUUUUGCAUUAUUUCUAGAUGAGUGCAACUGUCAAAGCAAUAUGGGUUCACUGGUUGUGCUUCCUGUGGGCUGCGGCGGGGAUUUCGGGCUGCCCAUCAGUGCGCAGAUUAAGGCUGACAGCAGCACCGCACCGCGCAGCCUGGUGCAGCUCUAAUUGCCCUGACAGAGCCCGGCACCGAGCUGAUGGCGGGCGGACGCGGCGCCUCCCGGGUCCUAGCGCCCGGCCCUCCCUCGCCCCUCCCCGCCGUCGGAGCUCACAUUUAGUUCUCCUUGAUUUUAAUGGUGGACUUCAACUCUCGCUAACCAUGGUCCCGCCCACGCGUUAGGCUCUUUAAUGAUUUCCCGCAAACGCUUUGGGCGGGUUUUUUUUAAAUAAUAAUAAUAAUAAAAUAUUUCCGUGCUUUUUAAAUUCAGGGGCCCUAAUAAACUGUAUUGACUCAAUGGUAGCGAUCCUAAGCCCUUCACGUUUGUGAGACUUACGGUACGUGUCGCGUCAAUGUGUUUACUCCAGCAAUGGCUAUUUUACUCUUUCUACUUCAGGCUGCGGAGAGGCUGUGCCACCCAAACUGAAACCAUACAUUUAAUCAGUGGGUGCUUUGUUUGGUGUUUAUUAAUGAGGAAGACUUGAGCGACUUCAGCAAAUCUGAGCAUGGAAAGAGGACUUUAUUUUACUUCCAAAUGCGCCAAAACUACCGAGCGCUCUUUACUUAUGUGGUUCCUAGGCAGUUUGCUGAGUCAUUAAAAAAAAAACCCUAAAAGGAUGUUUUAGCGACAAAUGUAAUAUAGAGCAAAUAAUACCAGUAUUUAAAAUGUUGCUUCUAAUACUUGGUUGAAACGUUUAUUUUUUAUUCUAACAGAAUCUCUAUUUUGUAACAAAUCAGAUAGCGAAGAACUUUUUUAAAGAUCCUGGACGCUCCCAGGACGCCGCCUCUCCGCCCUGGGCGAGGCCGGGGCAGCAGAGCUUUCCAUUCCUUGCUGAAACAGGGUCCGCCUUUGCCGGGAGGGGCGACUUCCCCCCUCCCUGCCGAAAGAUCUUUUUGCUCACUCAAUCUGUUGAACUCCUGAAGCCAGUUUCGAUUUACCUUCACCGUCUGGUGACACUGUGAAAUAUUAAUAGCAAAAAAAGAAAGAAAGAAAAGAAGCAUGUAUUACUGACGUUGCUAAUCACUUUUGUUAUAAGCAAGAGGACGUCGUUUUUACAUUCCUUAAAUUCCUCAUGGCUUUCAAUGAGUCCUGACUCUUUAUAGUUCCACGCAGACCUAAAAGUCCAUCUGUUGUCACCGGGUGUUUCCAGUUACCAUGAUACUCAGUGGGGUCUGCCUUUCACCCAACGCCGCAAAUUCACGGGCUUCUAAGACCCAAACUCGUGGCCAGUGGGGUCCCUAUGGGCCUCACCUCACAUCCCCCAAAGCUCUGCCCGACCCGGACUCCAAGCCUGGGGCGCCCUCUCCACGUUCCCGGCCAGGCCACGAGGCUCAGCUGACUGCCGGCUUGCGCCGAGGGAUCCCCAUCGGACGGCAACCCGGCCUCUUCCAGAGCAGCAGCGCCUGGCUGGUGCUCGAGUAGACGCGCCGGGGCACCAAGGAGCCUUUGAACUUUUCCUGGCCUCCCCUCUCAGAUGUUACCCGAGCGAAAGAGGGGGUCACAUUUCAUCUCAUGCAUGCAUUCAGUGGCUGGGCGAUUUCGUUAGAUACCCACCACCAGCUCGUUUGAAAGGGAAGCUUUGGGGAUUUCAGAACAGACGUGUUGGCGCACGUCUUUGAAAGCGCUGCUGUUAAGAUUAUCCCAAAGGGCGCAAUUCGGGUUAAGGGGCCCUGUCGGUGCAAAGUGGAGAGAGAGAAGGGCUUUCCCUUCCAUCGGAAACCUGCCAGCGCCAUCUCUCUGGGGGCAGAUUCAAAGCCAGAGUCAAGUGGCUCCAAGUACAGGGGUGAAGGUGGCCUGUCUCGGCGCGCCCGCUUCCCCGCCUGACCUCUUCUGCUCUGUGAAGGGGUGACCUUUCAGACUGGCAGGUUGCACACCUACUCUUCUGUGCAGGGAGAAUGAACUGUCGGGCAGGCUGGCGGCAGGAAUAGUCUCCUGAUCGCUUCCCUGGUGACCAUCUCCCCCACCUGAUGGUCCCGGUCUCCUGUUUCCCCCUUCUCUGGAACUGCUCCUCUCUCUCACACACACACACCCGCCUGGGCCCACCUUAACGUCAGCUUCAGGGUGGUAGACGGUCGACCUGGUCUUUUUUCUUAUCCAUGCUUUUUCUUUCCUUAGCUGUGAUCUUGUGGGCUUUUCCCACAGCAACCCUUGCCCUGUCUUUUGUGAAAGCCUCUGGGGCUCUGCAAAGUGCCAAAUCUCACCAAAUGAGUUUUUUCCUCCUCUCCAAAGUGUCACGGUUGAGGUUUCUCCUCCUUCCGGUGUGGUCCCACUAGCCCCUUGCUCUGUAUCUCGUGCCGUUGCCUGGGUUGUGUUCUCGCUGCUUCUGGACCCAACUGUAAAGCACACAGGGAGCUGUUCAAAGGGUUGUCUCUUUCUGUUUACACUGAACCAAUAAAAAAAUGGUUUCUCUUUUAAAA